AUGCCGGCCGUCGAAGCAACCCCCGUUUCAUCGUCUGAGUCCGGUCUUAUCAAGAUGGAAGACCGGAAGAGACCCGCCGUUCAUGAUCAGAAUGAUGCUGCGCCGCCAUCAAAGAGACAGGCGACAUCAGUAAAUGGAAACAAGCCUCAUCCAGAUGCUGACAUGCCAUGGAAAGAUGACUUGGAGCGUUUUACGAAAGACGCCAUUUGGCGCCAGAUGCAGGAGUUCAAGCGAGAGAAGGUUACAUUGGAAUCCAAGGUUAAAGAGAUGACAAAAGCCGCUACCUAUCAUCAAGAUCACCUGCGGAUAAUCGAUGCCUGGUUCAAACAAUUGAUCGAUGAAGUCAGAAUUUUAUUCGGAGAUAAUAAUGUGAACGGCAAAGAUCACGCUCCUUUUCAAACUUCCCUCCUGUUCGAAGAUGACGAGAACUUCCAGAAACACCUUAAAAAUCGAUCAAGUGACAUCAAAGAUACGGUCUCUAAAUUGAUCGCAAAAGCGCCACAAGCGACCCAGGAACUGUCGGAAUUACAAAGGCAGUUGUCCAAGAAAUUAGCCGAAGAGAAGGUUACCAUAGUCGAGCUUGAAAAGGCCUUAUCUGAAAGACAGCAAUUCGAGGAACAAUUAGAAGCAGCGUCUUUACGGUAUAUGAUGGCGGAGAAGAAACUCGAUCGAGCGAGAAGUAUGACGGUAGCCAAAUUGGAAAAGCAGUAUAUUCUUGGCGCACAGCGACCUGGAGGAGAUGGACCAUCAUCUGCGACUCGCGAAGAUACUGCAACCCCAGUUAACGGCGCCACGCCCAGUCCUGAGAAGAAUGCAGAUUUGGAAGAAGCGUACAAUAAAACUCUGGCUCUUUCACAGAAACAGCGAGAACAAUUGGAUACGCUUGAAGCCGAAAAUGCGAAAUUGACAAGUGAAAUCACGGCGUUGAACAUCAAGAAUUCGAAGCUUACUGAUGACGAUUAUGCGCAUACGGAUCUUUUCAAGCAACUCAAAUUGCAAUAUGAGGAUGUGAUUAAACGUGUAAACCAUCUGGAGGCGCUGAAUGUUCAACUGAGGGAAGAAGCUGGAAAGUUGCAGGCCGAAAGAGCCGCAUAUCGAAAUAACCUUGAUGCAGAGAAGCAGAAGGAAAUCGAAGAAAAAGACGCACAGUUACAAAAAGCGGAAUCCGACCUUGCAAGAAUCAGAAGCACUCGCGACGAAUUGCUUGCCGAUCAGCAGAUGAGGAAAGCAACCCAGGAACAAGAGUCGACGGCAGCCUCAAAGGCUCAAGAGUUAGCCGCAGCCAGAGAGGCGCAGAUUGAAUCUCUGGAAUCGGAAGUGGAAAGGCUGCGUAUUAGAGUCGAUGGCCUAAAGGACGGUAAUGCUGAGCACAUCGAAGGGCUUUCUGUGGAAGAUUUGCGAAUAAAAUAUCUGAAUCUUGACCGACAAUAUGCUAUGCUCAACAAAGAGUUGACUUCAAUGCAGACUGUCUGCAAGAAGUACUCAAGCCUGGCAUCACAAAAAGUCGCAGAUAUCAGUGCCCUUGAAGAAAAAGCUCAGCGGUUGGCUGCAGAGAAGUCCAAAGCCGAUCAGAAGUAUUUUGCUGUGAUGAAGAGCAAAGAGGUGCGAGACGCUGAAGUGCGCACGCUGCGACUGCAAAAUCUUAAGAGUUCCGACAUCAUCUCCCAACUGAAAGAUGCCGAAACUGCCACUCGUUCUCUUGUUGCGAACCUCGAAAAACAGAUCGCAGAAGGAAAAGAAGCCCUCACAUCGGUGUCCAACAAAUAUCGUGCCUCUCAACAGCAGAAUACCGAGAAUAUCCUGACCAUAGAUGGACUGAAAGCUCAGGUUGCCGAACUCAAAUCCCUCAUGUCAGCAAAGGAUAGCACACUAGCUUCUACAUCGGCUGCUUGUAGAAAAGCCGAGGCGGAAGUUGAGAGCUUGAAGUCAACACUAUCCGAUACAAAGAAGAGCUUGGAAAAUUGGAAGACCAAAUCGCUAGGCAAUUCUUCAUCCGAAUAUGAAAUGUUGAGGGUAAGUAUUCUUUUUCGAGUAGUGACAAUUGCACCAGCUAACAGUACCUUAGACGCUCGCACUAUGCACGGUUUGUCGACGCAACUUCAAGAAUACAGCCAUCAAGACAUGCGGUCAUGUCUUUUGCAAGGACUGUGUUGAAGAGCGACAAACUUCCCGGUCACGAAAGUGCCCGAACUGUAACAAAUCUUUCGGAAGCAACGAUUACAUGCAUGUGACACUCUAAGCAAGAAUUCAUGCAUGCUUCACCCCUUCCAAUGACCCCUGUAUACUAUGUUUUUCUUUUUUUCUUCUUGUUACUUCACUUAUCAAGAUUCAUCUUCAAGGCGUCUAAUCCGGAUAUUGCGUGGGUUUUCAUUUUGAUUCGAAAGCGAUUGGCGUUCGGCCGUUCAGAAUUCGUAUUGUUUCCUUCUCGUUCACGGGGAGCUGAUGCCUCAUCACUGCAAGCGAACGGAUACUUUUUGGGUAGUCGGGAGGAUUAGAGGCAGCGUUUCAUGUACCGUUGCAAAUGUACCAGUAGUGCAAUUUUUAGUCAGCGUUUCCAUC